AUGGACUAUUUUGAUGAAGAUCUUUCCGUAGGUUUUAUGGUUUACUUUUCUCCCCCAGGGUCUAGGUAUGCCCCUGAAGAAAGUCAAACGGACGAUAACGUGUAUCUUACGGAAGCCGCCAGUGUUCCUGCUCCAGAUUAUCAAGUUCCUCAGUGGUGUCAUCCAUUAAUCAUUUACAAUGGGGAGGCCACCUGCUAUUCACCCCGUGGAGGAAAUUACCGCAGCAGCCUGGGGACACGCUGUGCCCUCUCCUGCAACCGUGGGUAUCGCCUGAUCGGUCCAAGGUCUGUGCAAUGCUUAUUGAACCGCCACUGGUCUGGGAUUAUCUACUGCAGACAGUUGCGAUGUCAUACGUUGCCAGCACUUCAGCAUGGGUCAUACCAAUGCUCCAAUGGAGUGAAGGUUGAUUCUCACUGUGACUACAGUUGCCAACUGGGGUAUCAUCUGGAAGGUGAUCACAGGCGUAUGUGCAUGGAAGACGGGCGCUGGAGCGGUAGCGUGCCAAUUUGUGUAGACAUAGAGCCUCCUCAAAUCCGGUGUCCAGAUUCUCGAGAACGAAUAGCAGAGCCUGGCAAACUGACCGCCGCAGUUUAUUGGGAUCCACCCCGCGCAAAGGAUUCGGCUGAUGGCGUCAUCAAAAAACUGAAACGCCGGGGCCCAGAGCCAGGAUCCGAGUUUUCAGAAGGAGAGCACCUUAUUCGCUAUGCUGUCUAUGACCAGGCGCACAAUCGAGCCACCUGCAAGUUUUUGGUGAGGGUCCGAGUGAGUCGCUGUCCCACCUUGAAGGCGCCCGAACAUGGCUAUCUCAGCUGCACUUCAGCAGGGAACAAUUAUGGUGCCGUCUGCGAAUACCAGUGUGAUGGAGGCUACGAACUAGAGGGUACCCAUUCACGGAUCUGCCUGUCCAGCCGCCAGUGGUCUGGUUCUCAGCCCAGCUGCACCCCUAUGCAAAUCAACGUGGACGUCAACUCGGUCACAGGACUUUUGGAUCAGUUUUAUGAAAAGCGCCGGCUGCUUGUUGUCUCGGCUCCUGACUCCUCGGACCGCUACUACAAGAUGCAGAACGCCAUGUUGCAACAAGCGACCUGUGGGUUGGAUGUGCGUCACAUGACUGUGAUCGAACUGGUGGGCUUGCCACCUCAUGACGUGGGGAGAAUCCGAGAGCUCCAACUCUCCAAAAAGAUAGUUGAAGAACUGAGGCAGCUCCUACACCUCACUCAUUCUCGCUUCAACGUAGUGUUGAUCGACAAAUACGGCGUAGACCGUGACCGCUACAUUCAGCCAGUGACGCCUGAGGAGCUGUUCUCCUUUGUGGAUAUGUACUUGCUGAGCACCCAGGAACAGCUACAGAAAGAACAGAACAGGGACACGUGCGAGUGAGAAGCAACUGCCUAGUUGCCUUCGGCCACCCACUUCAAC